AAGCAAGCAAUACUUCUCAUUUUACAUUAUUUUGCUUGUUUCCAUUCAUUCCCAAACUCAUUCAUUAUUUUAAGAUAGAAUUAUUUGGUCAUCCCAUUACUUUGAUUCUUGCAGGUCAUGUCAACCACUCGAUUUUCUGGAAGAAUCUGACUCCUGUUAGUCAUGGAGGUGGUGAGCCCCCUCAUGGUUCCCUGGGCUGGGCUAUUGACACAAAUUUUGGUUCUAUGGAAGCAUUAGUGCAAAAGAUCAAUGCAGAAGGCGCUGCUUUGCAGGGUUCUGGAUGGGUGUGGCUGGCUCUAGACAAAGAGUCGAAGAAACUUGUGGUUGAAACCACUGCAAAUCAGGACCCAUUGGUUACCAAAGGACCAACUUUAGUUCCAUUGCUUGGUAUUGAUGUUUGGGAGCAUGCGUACUACUUACAGUAUAAGAAUGUGAGGCCAGAUUAUCUGAAGAACAUAUGGAAAGUAAUCAACUGGAAGUAUGCCGGCGAAGUGUACGAGAAAGAAAGCCCUUGAGGCUAUGAGCAAAUGAAGGGUGGCAUUAGCAGCUGGUUGAGUUGAUGAAAUAAAAUGAUGUACGUGACAAAUGAGGACCCCCCUUAUUUAAUCAUCGGCAUAUCCCAUCCCAAUCCCAUCCCUUGUAUGAAAUUGAGAUAGUGUAAGAGUUAUGUACUUAUUUAAUCACUGUUUGUUUCUUUUUUGGUUGUUCCACUGUUUGAUCGUUUGAUGCAAUAAGUUAUGUAUGUAAUUGGAGCUUUGUCUAUUUUGCUGCCUGAAAUAAGCUCUGUCGGCAACUUUUGCUUU